GUUGGGCAACCAGAAGUCGGGAGGUUCCCACACCUCUCCAGAGAGGGUCCCAGGAGAGGCCCUGCUGGCAAGCAUCCUGACUUAGGACUUCCCUUUCCUGCAGGGAGCAAUGAGGCAGGGAGCGGGCCUGGUCCCGCCUCUGGUGCUCUGCCUCUCCACGCGCCCAUGGCCUCUCCCAGCCUGGUACUAAGCCGUGUCAUGAGUCUGGGCCUUGUGGGAGAUUAACUUUUGGGUAUGGGAGCACUUUGGAGGAGAAAUGACAGGUCCGAGGUCACCAGCAGGCAGGGGCAGCUGUCAUACUUGAUAGAUCCUGCUCCUGGGAGCCUACGAUAGAGGUGGUCAGGAACCCCGGCUGGAAAAGGUAGCCAGGAAGGGGGUCUGGGCACUCCGGGCCCGUGCCAAGCCGUGGCUGACCGGCUUCCACUUCCCUGACUCCGCCUCUCAGUCUCCCCCCCCACACACACACACACACACAUAUACUUAAUACCUCUGGCACCCAGUCCACCGGCGUCGACUUUGGCCUCAGCUGUAGCUCGUGCGGGAGCCGGGAGGACUGGGAGCAAAGGAAGAAGCGUCUGGUGCAGCACCUGCCAGCUUUCCCCAGAGGAGGUGAGCAGGGCGGGAGCCGGGGUGCUGGGAGGAUGUGCCAGGCAUCGCAUUGCUGAUAACACACACUUCUCCCUUCUGAUCCUGCACAACUCCCCAGUGGGCCUGUGGGUGCUGGUCCCACCCGGCAGGUGAGAAAACAGGUCCAGAGACGCAGUGAGACGCUCAGCAUCACACAGGAAGUUAGGGGCCACCGGGACUGAAGUGCCCCGUGUGUGUUUCCUAAAACAAGGCCCGGCUUAAUUUAGAGAGUUCAGCGGGAGAAAAGGGGACAGCAAACGAGAGCUGCUGCUCCCGCCCAGCAGGCUGCCCUCGGAAGGGGCUGCCCAGAUCCUGGCUGUGCCUAGAGGAGGCACAAUUUGCCAUUUAUCUGCCAAGCAGAUGCUGAGACCAGAGACUCCCAGCUGGGGAGGCUAUUAGGGGCAAGGGCUCGAGGGCCAGAGUAAACCGCACGUGUUCUCCUGCCCAGCCCGGCCGCCACCUGCAGAUCACUGGGGCUCCGGCCAUGUGGCUGCCUGUGCUGCUGGGAGUCUUACUCUGGGCAGCCCUGUGGCUGCUCAGAGACCGGCAGAGCUUGCCCCCCAGCAAUGCCUUCGUCUUCAUCACCGGCUGUGACUCUGGCUUCGGGCGGCUCCUGGCACUGAGGCUGGACCAGAGAGGCUUCCGAGUCCUGGCCAGCUGCCUGACCCCCUCGGGGGCAGAGGACCUGCAGCGGGCUGCCUCCUCCCGCCUCCACACCACCCUGCUGGACGUCACCGACCCCCAGAGCACCCAGCGGGCAGCCAAAUGGGUGGAAACAUAUGUUGGGGAAACAGGGCUUUUCGGUCUGGUGAAUAAUGCCGGUGUAACUGGUAUCAUUGGGCCCACACCAUGGCUGACCAGGGAUGACUUCCACCGGGUGCUGAAUGUGAACACACUGGGUCCCAUCGGGGUCACCCUUGCCCUGCUACCUUUACUGCAACGGGCCCGGGGCCGGGUGAUCAACAUCACCAGCGUCCUGGGUCGCCUGGCAGCCAAUGGUGGGGGCUACUGUGUCUCCAAGUUUGGCCUGGAGGCCUUCUCAGACAGUCUGAGGCGGGAUGUGGCUCCUUUUGGAGUACGAGUCUCCAUCGUGGAGCCUGGCUUUUUCCGAACCUCUGUGACAAACCUGGAGAGUUUGGAGAACGCCCUGCAGGCCUGCUGGGCACGGCUGCCUCCAGCCACACAGGGACACUAUGGGGAUGCCUUCCUGACCAAGUCCCCAGGACCCAGAAGAGGGCCUGAGAUGGGCUGCAGUGGGACAGGGACACUGAUUGCAACCACCCACUGGGCUGCAGACCUGGAAGUGCAGCAGCAUGUCAUGAACCUCAUCUGUGACCCGGACCUGACCAAGGUGAGCAGGUGCCUGGAGCAUGCCUUGACUGCUUGCCACCCCAGGACCCGCUACAGCCCAGGCUGGGACGCCAAGCUGCUCUGGCUGCCAGCCUCCUACCUGCCAGCCAGCCUGGUGGAUGCUGUGCUCACCUGGGUCCUUCCCAAGCCUGCCCAGGCAGUUUCCUGAACCCAGCCUUCCAGCAAGAUUGUUCUUCAAAUGCAAGAACUUCAUUCCUGUCCCCACCCUGCUACUGGCACAAAAUAGGCACUCAAUAAAUGUGUUUU